AUGGCUUCUGACAGUCCUUGGCCGGUCAAGAAGGUUGAGCUGUCGCCGCCUUCGCUGGCGUCUCUCGCCGAUGCCAUCGCUUCGGGCCUCUCCUCCAACUUUGCCGUGUCCUCAUGUACAGUGUCGACCCCUCCGGACUUGACUCAUGCGCCCUACCACCUUGCAGGACCGGGCCUGGGUGGAUCUCCCCGCAUCGUCGAGGUGGGCGGGCCGCCAAACCUCUCUCCCUCGCCCAACUUGACCAAGAGGUACGACCUCGCGGCCAUCGCGCGGCAAGCCGACAUGUCCCCUACCACGGGCUUCCUGCUCGGUGCCGGGGCCGGGCCCUUUGACGUGCUGGGGCAGAACGCGGAGCUCAUGCCUAACUAUGCGUACGGGGCCGCUGCCGGCCAGGGUGUCGGGGGGGUCGAGGUCGUCCGCAACCGCACGCACUAUGCGAAGAUCACGCCUGCGGACACGGUGUGCUGCGCGCCCAUCCCGCACGCGAACACGGGCUUCGCCUUCAUGUGCAACCUGUUCUGCUGCGACGGCGUGCCGGUCGAGUGCCUGCACGUCACGGCGCGGACACGUACUGGUCCGCUCAACUUCACCGCGACGAUCCAGCACGCCCUCCGGGCCGCGUUUGGGGACCAACAGCUCAUCUCACUUGGCGGCGUGUUCCUGAUCAAGAAGGGCACGGCCAAGCUGCACGUCAUGCCGGACUUCCCAGCCCAGCCGUUCACGUCGCGGGCCGACCUCGAACGGUGGCUGCGGUACUUUGAUAUGUCGUUUGGGGGCGAGGCCGACGAGCAGAAGGGCACGGGGCCCUUGGUGUGUCUGAGCGUGUUGCACUCGGGUCACGACGGGGGGCUGGGCCUGCGCAUGGAACACACGCAUUGCUUCACCGUGUCUGCUGGAGGAUUUGGUGCGGAUACCGAUGCAGAGACCACCAAGGGGGGUCACUACCACUACGACCUGGACGAGACGAGGGAUGAGAUCGAAUAUGAGGGCUGGUUCAAUGUGGCCGAGUGCGUGUAUCGGGUCGACCAGCCUGGGGGUUGA